UUGAUAGAUUAUGAGAUUAAGAUUUGACAGAUAACAGAAAAAAGGUUGAAACUUUAAAAGUUGGUGGGGGAUAUUAAUAAGCUUCUCAUCUUCCUUACCCUUCGCGGAGAUCGGAGGAGAUAAUGGCUGCUAAUUUCUGGGAAUCGUCUCAAUACAAACAGCUUCUGGACCAAGAAGAAGUGGAUGUAGUUCAACCUCUCGACAAAGAACGUGGAAUUUCAAUCGAGGAUUUCAAGCUCAUCAAGUUCCAUAUGUCUAAUCAUAUAAUGAAAUUGGCUCAGCACAUUAAAGUGAGGCAAAGGGUUGUGGCUACCGCAAUUACGUAUAUGAGACGGGUUUAUACCAGGAAGAGCAUGGUGGAGUUUGAGCCCCGUCUUGUUGCUAUUGCAUGCUUGUACCUGGCUUCUAAAGCUGAAGAGAGCAUAGUCCAGGCCAGGAAUCUUGUUUUCUACAGCAAAAGAUUGUAUCCGGAUGAGUACAAGUAUGAACUAAAGGAUAUAUUAGGAAUGGAAAUGAGGGUUUUAGAAGCACUCGACUAUUAUCUGGUUGUGUUUCACCCUUACCGGUCUUUAUCUGAGUUUUUGCAAGAUGCUGCAUUGAACGAUGUCAAUAUGAACCAGUUUACAUGGGGAAUUGUCAACGAUACUUAUAAGAUGGACCUGAUUCUUGUACACCCUCCCUAUCGCAUAGCGCUAGCGUGCAUAUACAUAGCAAGUGUCCAGAGAGAGAAAGACAUCACUGCAUGGCUUCAAGAUCUUAACGAUGACAUGAACUUGGUGAAGAACAUUGCCAUGGAGAUUCUGGACUUCUACGAGAACUACAGAACCAUCACGGAUGAAAAAGUGAGUUCUGCGUUCAGCAAACUGGCUUUGAAGCCGUGACAGCUGGGGAAUAGCCUCCAUCUCUUCAAUUUAUCUGAUGCUCUCUUUAUACAGGAAAAAAAAGAUUAAAGACUUCCUCAGUUGCCCAUGUUAGUUUUGUGGCGGACCUGUAACCUUGUUGAAUCUUACCAAACAUAAUUCUUAAAGUGAUAACUUCAUCUA